GCUUCGGUGUUUUUUCAAGGAGAUGUUAUUGCACUGAUCGAGGGAAGCCAUAUUAAUACGUCAGACACUUGUGCACUGUCUGCAGUGACUGGUAUUCCUGUUAUCAGCCUCAGUAGAGACACCAGGCCAAUCAGUAAAUGUAAAAAAUCAGUCCAAAUGCAUCCAGGAUACAAGACGUACGCUCAUGCUUCUCUAGACAUCUUAAACACAUUUCAGUGGAAAAAGAUAGCAUUACUUUACGACGGUAAAACUAAUCUUGACGAUUUCAGGGUGUAAUAUUUGCCUAAUUAUUAUUUAUUAAUGUAAAUUUUGAGUCACUUUGUAUCAUUUUAUGUUUUCAGCGGAUCUCUUGCAGGAAGCUGGAUACUUCUACUCUAUCUCCCAGGGAUCUGAGCUCACCGUGACUUUUGUUCCGAUUCCUAAGCAGAAUGAACUGGAAGACAAAGCCCAAACAAUAUCAACAGCCAUGAAGCUAAUAGAAAAGCUUGAACUGGACGUUAUUUUACUUUAUACUCAAAAAGAAAAUUUGGAACUGUUUUUGAAACAGGUGAGAGCCCCUCCUCCUAACUCCUUUUCUUGUCAUUCUUCUUCUUGACUCCGAUAAGGUACAAUUUUUUUUUAAAUGCUCGGGGCUGUAACUAAAAUUAUCUUAAAAACAUUACACUAAAAUUAAUACGAGCAACAAUAAUUGAGGGUUAGGGUUACCCUAUCACCCGAGUCAACUUUACCAGCUUUACUGACGUGUUUUGUCAUGCGAGACAUUCUUUGUGACAGUCCAAAAUUGGAAAUAAUCUUCAAGUUCUCCAUCGAAAACACGUUAUUUUCACCAAAAAUGGAAAAUAUUAUCAUCGUGGAGAGAAAAUAACUUUAUAUUUUUCAGUUGUUUGUAAUUAAGCUCAGAAAUUGAGUAAUACCGUUCAAAUUGGCACGAUUACUGGUCACGCAUGACAACGGAAAGUUGACCCGGGUAGGCGAGUUAUCCCUAACUGAGCGUUUACAAGGCAGGUAAAGGGUUACCCUAGCAGUAGGGUAACCCUAGCACUCAGGUAGGUAGAGUUAUAUUAGCGCUAAGGUAACCCUGUCUUAUAAACACGUCGUGUGAAAAAAGAAGAAAUAUGCGAGUGCUAGGUAACCCUCUUACUGGGGUAUCCCUAGCACCUACAGGCUGUAGGUUUCCUUCCCUCCUUGUAAACACGGGUCCUAAGUAGUUUGAGCAUAAUCUUCUAGGUAGACAAAGUCCUGUUGUUGACAGUAGAGAGCUUUACAUUCUAACACGAGUACGACUACGGGUACGAGAUUUUCUCAAUAGUAAGUAUAGUGCUCGCGCGUGAACCAGCGUCAUUUUGGCGGGAAAACGUGGUAGCCUUCGUCAUUCUACUACGAGUUUUAGCGAGGAUGUCGAAGUGGCGGAAACAAGUUAUCAAAUGUUAGAAGUUUAAGAAUUUUGCGAUCGGGAGUGGGUGUAACCUCCUUCACCAAAGGUAACAGUGGUAACUUUUCUAUUAAAAAAUGAUAAAAUGAAGCUUUCAGGGGAGUGUUUAUUUUGACAAUACGCGAAAAAAGAUUUAAGUCAAAUCUCGUUCUCCUAGUUGUCCUCGUCGGCUAAUGUAAAGGUCUCUAGUGACUGACGCUUAGACAACCUGUGUGGAAGUCAUCGUGACCGAUUUUUAGCACUUUUUUUCCAAGCCUAAUUUAUUCAUUUUCAUUAUUAAUGAAGAAACUUUGUUUUCUGUAGGAAAGAUGUGGAAAAGUGAAGGGCUACAAAUGGAUAAUUGAAGGACAGGUUUGCUUAUGGCCUUAACAGCUAGCAAAUUUUAGUAAGACCAAGAAUAAACAAGUCAUUUAGUGACUACUUCUCUGUCAUCAUCAAAUAUUUCAUACGUGUAAAAUGUCGUUGUUAAUGGCUGUUUGUGUGCUUUUUAAUCUCAAAAUCAUCUGUCCAGGUGAUAAAGUAUUUUAAAGCUGGAAAAUAUGAUUUAGCCAAAAAUAUACAUUUUGAGCAACAUAACGUCUAGGCAAUGUUUUAUUUAUUGCUCCCUUUCUUUAAAAAGCGUCUAGUUCUUCUGGAAAAUAAUAAAUGGAUAAUCCUACUAGGGUCUAUGCGGUCAAUUAUAUGAAUAAUAAGUCACCCUUUUUAUAGGUGCCAGGAAGCCUAUAUAGUCGACCUAUGCAUGUGGUUUUGGCUUUCAAGCUUCCAUAUAACGGGAAACUGGCUCCCGAGGAACUCAGGGGAAAAGAAAGGGGAAUCCAUGCUAACUAUUCUCGAAAGGUAAUAUAUAGAUUUAGCCAAGGCCAAAAGCGAAGCUCUCUUAGAAACUUUUUAGAAAUGAUGGUCUUCCUGAAGUAGUUUUUUGAACCUACGACCACUUGAAUAACACAACUACUCGGCGAAGAACUUACACACGUCACCUCAAUCAGUUGUACAUCAGGCCCCGGUUGUACAAACGUUGGAUAGCACUAUCCAGCCGAUAAGUGGUUAAAGAAACCAAUUGCGUUAUCCACUGGACAAAGUGGAUAACUCAAUUUUUCACAUGGCCCAGCCGCUCAGCGCGAUUAGGUUUUUGCUGUUCCUGAGUGGCUUUGCUCUCAUUUUUUUUUUCGCAAUUAUUUCCUUUAAAUUACUUUACUCCUUCUUUAGUAUCAAGAGCACAAUAAAGAUUGUUUUAAGUUGUUGUAGUUGUUGUUGUAACCGACUUCGUGCACUGAUAUAUUCCAUACAGGAACUUGUUGCUAUUGCCUACGAUGCAGUGCAGAUAAUCAAGCAGGCCCAGAAUGUAGGGCCAUGUUUAUCAAUAAACGGCUCGGCCGUUACUUCCGAAGAUCGAGAUGCAUUGUUUUCGUGUAUGACGAAGGUAAGGUUAAACCAGUUGUUUUGGACAAGUGCAGACCGAAAAAUAGUAGUCCGAGUGUUUCAAUAUGUACUGAUUUUCCUUCCCUUUCCUUACUUGUUUUUCUUCCAUCAUAACGUGUUCAUGAAUAAAUUAUGCAGGAAAACCGAAAUUGAGCAAAAUCCCUAGUAUGAAAAGCUUUUGAUGCUAUAUUAAUAAAAAAAUCUCAUGUGCAUCCGACAGGUAAACUUUGACGGUAUAACAGGAUCUGUCAGAUUUAGCGAGGAUGGAGAAAGAGCAGCAGUGCAGCUGGAAAUUUUGAAUCUGAGAAACGAUUCCUUUCAGCAAGUAAGUACCAUGAAGUGGUCAACCAAUUCCUUUGAGGCAAGGAUUGGAAAAAAGCUCAGAUAUCCCCACAAAUAAACGGUUCAGGAAGAGUUAAAACCUCUUAAUGGUAACAAUUCAAAUUGGUGUUACCUAAAAUGGUCCAAAAUUAAGAAAAUGUUAAACAGCAGUUAAGAAAAAAACUGCAAAUAAGUCAUGUAUCCAAGCAUGAAUAUUCAUUAUUAUUAUUAUUAUUAUUAUUAUUAUCAUUAUUAUUAUCAUUAGAGCAACACAUUACAUCUUUUUUUGUAGAAAUAGGAAUUUGGAUAGCCCAGAUUUAAUUAAAUUUUGAUUCCUUUUCUUUUCUUUUCUUUUUUUUUUUUUUCUUUCUUUCUUUUUUUUUUUUUUAAUUAAUCCAAUCUCAAGCAGCAAUUGUAAAUCGCCUAUACGACGCGAGAUUUACAAUUGUAUAUUAAAAAAAAGUUGAUUUCCAAGUCUUUGUAUUUGUUAAGCUUUUCUGUGGUUUUGACUGAGGUGUUGGUGUCGAGGGGUACAGUCUUGUCAACGAGAAGUUGUACCCAUAGUUGUUGUACCCAUAGCCACUCUUGUUCAGGAGGGAGCUUAGAGGAGCAAUAGCAAGACAAAAGACUAGAGGUGACAGAGAGUCUCCCUGAUAGAUGCCACUUUUGGUUUUGAUAGGUCUGGAUGUCAUCAUGCCCUUGUCGUGGCUUAUUAUUAUUAUUGUUAUUACUUUAUGUGCCACACAAUAAAAGAAAUUACAAAUAAUAUAGAAAAGUAGAAAAAAAAGUGGCGAGGAGACCUAACAGAAACUAUGGGAGCUUAUUUGUUAUCUUUGGAAGUCCUCAGAAACUGAAUCGUAUUCAAGGCAUUUCGGUUAAAGUAGAGGGCACUAGCAUUGAAAGAACACAAUCAUUCAAAUACCUAGGCGUAACGCUUCAACAGUCUAUGUCCUGGGCAGAUCACGUCGAUGCUAUCAGCGUGAAGAUUAAUCAGAGAAUAGGCCUAAUUAGGAGAAUCAGGAAUCUAUUGCCGCUACAAGCUAGAGUUGCCUUGUACAAUGCCCUAAUCCUCCCUCUUUUUGAUUACGGAGACGUUAUAUGGGGAGACAAGAACAAUGACACCAUCAUGUCAGAAUUACAGAUUCUACAGAAUAAAGCUGCUAAAGUUAUGCUGGGGCAACCACCCCGAAGCUCGUCAACUGAAGCACUGAAAAGUCUAGAUUUGAAGACACUGUCCACAAGAAGGUUUUUUCAUCGCUGCAUUGCAAUCCACAAGUGUCUUAUUGGAGAAACCGAUUUCAACUUUAAUUUUACUUAAAGUCAAGCCCUUCAUUCAUAUAAUACAAGAACAAGACGCUCUAAUGAUAUUCGCUUACCCCUACCCAGAACAAACUGGGGUAAACAAACUUUUAUUUUUCACGCCGCGAAAGACUGGAACAGCCUUCCAAAUGAUUUAAAAGAGUGUAAUAUUUUAUCUAUUUUUAAAUCCAAGUUAAAAACUUUUUUAAAAGAUCUCAGCUAAUUUUAAACCUUGAUGUUUUUUUGUAUAAUCGAUUUUAAGAUUUUUAAUUUUUAAAUUUGUUUUACUUGUAAACAUAUUUUACUUUUUUCGUAAUUAUUAAUUAAUUAGUUAGAUUAAUGCAUGAGGGCCCCACAGAAAACCGCCUUGGCGAGUUGGGCUCCCUCUAUAAAUAUUAUUACUAUUAUUAUGAGAGGUUAGGCCUCCUAAACUACGGGCUGGAGCUGUUUAACAGCAAUUGAAGAAAAGAUAGCGAAAAGUCGAAGAUGGAAAGAGUUAUAAACUGUUUUUAUAUUUCCUUAAUAAUUUAAUCCUUGGCAGUUUUUUUCUUAAAAAGUAAAAAGGAAAAGAAACGCUCUAUAACAAUGUUUCAGGAGUGUAUUGGACAAAAGAUCACCGUUUUUUAGUUAGUUAUUUUUUACUAUUAUGACUGUUUUAUGUUCAUGAUAUUCAUAUUGCAAUUUACAGGAAAAGCUUCAUUUUGAGGUAUCAAUAUUUAUGUAGCUUUUUCAAAAUUCACUUUCAACGAUUUAUAAUAAAUUAUUAUAAUUAUAUUUAUUAUAAUUAUUGUUUUAUUAUUGUCAUUGUCUCGUUCUAGUUUGUUUACUUUAUUUUUUGUUGUCAGAUAGGGACUUGGAAUUCAACUAAGAAAGCUGUGGUGUUUGAAAACAUAUGCCCUAAUAUGAAUGAGUCUAAAAGAGGCAGAAGCAUUGAAGGAAAAUUUCUAAGAGUUGUUAUUUCAGAGGUACGAAUGAUGUAUUUGCGUAUGUGUUCCUCGAAUUUCUUAGCCUGUGCCAGGCUAUAAGAUAGUAGAUACGUUUAAAAUUCUAGCUUAAUGAUGACGAUAAUUACUAGCUAAGAAUGUUUAUCAUUAUCGUCAUCACCAUUAUCAAGUCUCGAAACUCGCGCGUCACAUUUUGUGAUUUUUACUCCCUCGCAGUAACCAGUUUUGAAUAAUCUUACGACGGCACAACAUUAGGGGCCAAUUUAGAUACCGGCGUGACUUUGUAUAGAUAUUAUUAUGGUACCUAUUUGCCUACCUUUUCGCCAUGUUAAGUGUCACAGUGGCACAUCCUUGGACUUAAAAACGUGUUGCUGGUAAGAUUUUCUUGAACUUCGGAUAAUAGACCUAUUCGGCUAACUCAAUGUUGUACCCAAUUCAAACCCUUUGGGAAUAAAACGUUUUGUUUCAGGAAUUUCCAUAUCAUUUAAAUGUGAAUGCCACAUUAUAAUGCAAAUGCAAUACACAAAGAAUCUUAUCCCCGGGAGAUUUGAAUUGGGUACAACAUUGAGUUAGCCGAAUAGGUCUAUUGUGAAUCCAUGAUUUUGUUUUGCAAUUCCAAGAAGAUAUUCAAAAUCAUGGUAAAGGGUGUUUGAGGUAUUUUUUAAGGUACGUAGAGUUGCUGACACUUGGGAAAACUUACCUACUAUUAAUUGAGCCGCAAUGAUCUUCGUGUUAAAAUUGGCGUCGUAGCUAUAGCUUUCAUUUCCUUUGUUACACAUCACAGGAAGAGCCGUUUGUCUUCAGGAAAAGACAGGAUGACGGACAGGAUGCAUAUGAAGGAUACUUCAUUGAUCUGCUAAAAGAACUUGCAAAAACACUUCAUUUCACAUAUCAUAUCAAACGUUCCGCUGACGGGUUUUUCGGCGUUGAAACAAAAAACGGAUCUUGGAAUGGCUUGAUAGGAGAGAUACUCAACAAGGUUAGAAAAACAAAAUAGAAUCUUCAUACGAUUAUUAGACUUUAUACUAGCAGUGAAAGCGGCAAGGAAUCGUCCAGGUAAAAACAAACUAGCUAACUACAGUUUGCAAGAUUUUUGCUAAAUUUAAGAGGGAAGCUAUCACAUUUAUAUGACCACUGAGUUAAGAACGUCUCAGCUCAUUUCAUUUUCAGACGAAAAAUGUUUUUGCUGAACAAUUAAACUAACGUCGGCUAAUUUUAAACAAAAAAUAUUAAGUUUCUUCCAAAAACUAUUAUGGAAGAAAGAAGGGUUGCUAUUCUUAAUAAGUAUACCUUUUUCCUCAAUAGCAUGCAGAUGUUACCGGAGUUCUGACCUUAACUGAAAGCCGUGAAAAGGUGGUGGACUUCACUGUUCCCUUGAUGUAUUACACUGAAGAUAUGCUCCUCAAAAAAACAUCGUUCAACAAUGGAUCAAUUGAUUUUCUGCAGUUUUUGAAUCCUUUUCACAACGACGUUUGGUUUGCAACUUUAGCUACUAUGGUAGUUAUUUCCGUUUCAAUAUUUGUGAUAAACUACUUUAGUCCAUACGGUAACAAAGAUGCGAAUGGUCUGGGGACCUCUGAAGAGUUUAGUUUCUUCAACAGCGUCUGGUUUGCAGUGGCUUGCAUGCUGCAGCAAGGGUCUGAGAGCCAGCCUCGAGGCUUGUCAGGUACAGAGUUGAGGGGAGGUUUCAUCGCAUUGAUUUUUAGAGUAUUCACAUUUCUGUUUAGUCACUUGUUUUGCACACCAAUUUGUUAAAACUCGUUUGUAUCAUGAGACUAGCUGUCAAUUAACAAGAUGAUUGAUUGAACGUAUCCGAUAUCGCUAGGAGAGAAAAUUAUCAAGUUUGCCUUAAUUAAGUUUUUAACAUUCUUUUCUUGUACAAGGUCGUAUUCUUGCUGGGUGUUAUUGGUUUUGCAUUCUUGUCUGGGUUUCGACGUACACCGCAAAUCUCGCAGCUUUUUUAACUGUAAAAAAUGCUGCGACACCCAUUAAUAACCUGGACGACUUGCUAGCUUCUUCUUAUAAAGUUACCACAUUACAAGCAGGAGCUGUUCACGAGUUUUUCGAGACAAGCAAAUUUGAAACUUACAGAAGGAUUUGGCACAGAAUUCAAGAUAGCAACUCUUUGACUCGGAACACAAGUGAAGCUGUUCAGUUGAUCCGUGGCGGAAAGGAUGACUAUGUAUUUAUUUAUGAUGGGCCAACCGUUCGACAUAUUGCCAACAAGCCUCCCUGCGAUCUAAUAACAGGUUAGCGUAGAAGAUCAACUGACUUUUAAAACGCUGAAACAUUAUUUACGUACUAAUUUCAGACAGUACUGAUUCAUUUUUACUUUAAGAAUAUCAGCCUGUCUCUGUACGCACACUGAUAUGUUGAAUUAAGUGUUUAAUUUAUAUUAUUAUUCAUUCAAGUCAUUUCCCCAAUUCUGAUUGGCUGAAAACACACGCAUAAUUCACCAUAACCAGUUACUAAUGACCAAAUUUGGAAGAAUUUUUGGUUUAACGAGGAAAUGACGUCAAAAAUGCAGCCCGCUACAGGUUAAGGCACCGUUACCGAAAGACCUGGGGACGAGGCUGAGUUGUUUUGGUUGUGAAAAAAAAAUGGCGGACAUUUCACUCGUGUCAAGAGUAAGAACUACAGCUGGAACUAGGCGAAAUAAUAGCUAAAAAUACGGCAAAAACAGCAAGAAGACAACUCGGAAGGCGAAAUCUGCUAUUUGGAGAAUAUUUGCAGAGCUGGACAAACCUAAACGUACACUAUCGAAGAAGAUGAACUCAAUAUCGAUGCAGGUAAGCAUUUUUUAGCUAUGUUUUUAAACUAGGAAUUAUUUUGAAUGAAUUAUAAAGCAAUUAAUGAAUUCUGCUUUCGCAGGAUAAAAAGAAUUAAGCAGAUCUUGGAGGGUGUUAUCCACCUCGGCCUUCGGCCUCGAUGGAUAACACCCUCUUCGAUCUGCUUAAUUCUUCAUAUUCUACAGCCUCAUUCAUUAAUUACUAAUUAUAACUAUUUUCUUUUCAGUAACUUAAUUUAUAAGCUUUUGUGGGUAAGAAAGCUAUAAAUGUUAACCAAAAAGCAGCCGAAUAAAAAAUGGCAUAUAUUGUUACCUCGCUAACAAAAAAAAAGUGAAAAGAUGUCCUUCUUCUCCAUUUCAGGGAUGAUAAAUCAAAAUUUUCAUAUAAAAUCAAAAUGAGGCGGAUUCAUAUGUUGUCGCUGCUCCUCUCAGCCACAAAGCCGUAAAAAAACUUGUCAAAGGUUAUUCAGUUUUGCUAUAAUUUAGUCAUACAUGCAACCCGCGUAACUGUAGGAUGCCAUAUGAGAAGAUAAAGUUUGCAGCACUCUACUCUGGAUUUUGAUACGCAAAACAGAGAAUCAAAUCAUUUAUUAGGAAAAAAAAUAGAAAGAGGGCGCAACUUAACAAAAAACGGUUAAUGCAGAUGAACAUUUUAAGAAAAUAACGCAUAAAAGCUUUUAAAUCACCAAUUUUCCAGUUGCACGCCACUGACGGCAAAAAAUGCCAGUACGGUACUUUAAGUACAAAUUUACUCACCUCAAGUAGAAUUAGAGUAAAUUGCCUUAAAGGGGUAAUUUGAAUUGAAUUAUUGAAUUUUUAGUUACUUUUCUUUUUAUGUGAUGCAAAAGUGCAUGGCAUAAAUGAAAUGAUAACGAAAACUCGGAACAUUUUACGUUUCUGUGAAACUGAACACCUACCCCUCCCCUAAAUCAACAUUAACCCUUAGUUCUUAUUUAGGGCAAAAUGUUGGCUUAGGGGAGGGGUAGGUGAGCAAUUUCACAGAAACGUAAAAUGAUCCCUAAACUCUUCUCAGUGCCAGGUUUAAACAACGCCAAAGGACUUGGUCUCGCUUUCCAAGCAAAUGAUCCCUAUGUAACAGAUUUUACACUGGCCAUUUUGCGCUUACAAGAAAAUGGUUUCCUAGAAAACCUGAAACGUAAAUGGUGGGAGUCUUCUACUGGAUGCGCUAAAGAAAAAGACACAGGUAAGAAUAUUUUAGACAUGAACUUUCCUCAGUAGAAUUUUUAGUCUCUUUGAUAACUGUAAAGGCCUCAAAGGAAACUUUCGGAACUCUUAGAUUCAUUAAAUUUUAGGACGGGAAAAUUGGUUCAAGACCAGCCUUGUCUGUACUGGUUGCUGUUAGUAGUUACGCAAAGGAGGCUGUUAAGAGCUGGUGGUUCAAAUUCGCCCAUUUCAAAAAUUUAGGGCCCGCAAAGGAUAGUAAUGAUUUCGCCCUGUUGCGGAAAGGACCCACUAUCAGCAGUACAAAGUCUGUAAUACUUAGUUCUGAAAUUUUCAAAAACAACCUGGAACUAAGAAAAAGUAGCUUCACCGCAGAAGAGAUUGCUCAGUUUGUAGCUGAGAGCUAUAGAGCGAGAGGUCACUAAUCCCUAGGACCGCAUUAAUGUAACAAUGCGUACGAUCUACAAACAGUUAAAAUGAUGAUAAAAGUGAAAAUAAUAAUGACCCGUCUCCGUUAGGGAAAGCAAUAGCUUAUACUGAAACCAGUUAUAACUUUCCCACCAUGUAUAUUGAAACAGAAAUACCAUGGGGUGUUUUCUUUAUUAUAAACAAACGUUAACGGGUUCUUCUUUUGAAACCUUAGAAUAUAUGUUUCUCGAGAAACUACCCGAUGCAAAGACAUCUCAUUUAUAUUCUGAUGAGGUUAUUAAAUGAAAACGUACUGCUUGCAAUGAGCAUACCUAACAAAUAACCUCUUGUUACGGAAAAGAUAAAACACUAUGGGUACCAACUUAUACCUGGUUCUUUGUGAACAUUUUUUCAUUUCUAAAUCUAAACAUUCGCUAUUUUCCCUUAGUUCUGUCGCAAAAGAGAAUCGGCUUAACAAGUAUGGCGGGAGUGUAUGUUGUCUUGGGCGUUGGAUUGGUCUUGUCAUUCCUUGUGCUGAUCGCAGAAAUUGCCUGGAAAAGAAAAUUGAAGCUGAAGGCGAAAAAGGUAAAGGUCAGUUAG